AUGAUUAGAGAAGACAACAACGGAUCUUCUUCUUCUUCGCUAGAGUUUGUCUCUUUUCUUGGCCGAGGUGGUUUCGGUUCCGUCUCUCUAAUGAGAGAUUCCAAACACGGUCUCUACGCUGAGAAAUCAUCUCCAAUGGAUUUCAUCCAAAGUCUCAAGAAAGAACAUAGAAUCAUGCUUCGUUUCCGCAACCAUCCACGCAUCAUCCAAACCACUAGCCCUAAUUUCCACGUUGGUAUCGACCGUUGCUACAUCAACAUGGAGUUCGCCUCCAAAGGUUCCCUUCACGACGUCAUCUCCAAGUUCCGUGGCAGACGCAUGCCGGAGAUCAUGGUCGCACGUGCCGCUCUUAUGAUCUUACAAGGACUCGAAGCUCUCCAUUCACGAGGCUACGUUCACUGCGAUCUCAAGCCCGCCAACCUUCUCCUCUUCCCUUCAGAGUCUUUCGGAGAGCCGUGGGAUCUCAAGCUUGCUGACUUCGGUUUAUCCAAGGAACCUAAGCGUACGGAUUCAUGGUGUGGUGGUACCCCGCAGUACAUGCCCCCUGAGGUUUUGGGACCCAACGGAGUGGAGAUGGUGGGGCCUGGAGUUGAUAUGUGGUCUCUAGGGUGUGUGGUGCUUCAGAUGUUUGGUCGCUCUCUUCCAAACAAGAAGAUGGGAGACUUUUACGCGUGGAAGAUUCCCAGACGUGUCUCUCCUAUGGCCACUGACUUCGUGACAAAGUGCAUGGAGGUGCAGCCCUCACGCAGAGCUACUGCCACGGACCUGUUGGAACAUCCUUUUGUUCUGAGGACUACCCUGAUUCCACUAGGGACCGAUGAUGAUCAGGUCUCCACCAAGACCUGGAGAUUUGAUCUCCUGAGAUCAAUCCAGAAACAGCAAAGGCAGCUGCUUAAUUACUUUAAAGGUUGUUAA